CCCUAUUGAACACUUUCCUUUGAUCAAUUCGUGUCACCAUUUUGAUUCUUUAAUCUUAAAAAAAAGUUUAGAUUAAUUCGUCUCGUUUUAGAAAUAAGUGUGCAAAAGAAUUUGAAUUUAAGAGCGUGUUUCUAACAGUAACAGAAAAGGUGAUUGGUACAGCGUUUUGAAAGCGCAAUUUCGGUUGAUUUAAUUUUGCGUUGUGUAAUCCAGGUCAUCGAAUCGAUCAUGGCGGAGGACAUAGACGUCGAAGCUAUGCUGGAAGCACCGUAUAUGAAAGAUGACGAGCUGAACGGAAAACUAAGGGAGAAUGGCGAUUUCGGAAGGCGUAGGACACCAGACAAGCGUCGUACCCGAAGCAGAAGUCGGAGUCGUUCCAGAGACCGACAUGGAAGGAGAAGUGGGGAUCGCAAGAGGAGCAAAAGCAGAGGAAGGACCAAGGAUAGAAGGUCACGGUCUAGGGACAGAAGACGAACAAAAUCUAGAGACAGGCGUUCACGGUCCAAAGAUAGACGUAGUAGAUCUAAAGAUCGCAGGCGUAGGAGAAGUCGAAGUCGUAGCAGAAAACGAAGCGCAAGCAGAGAUGUGGGAUUUCGUAAGCGAUCGCCGUCACCACCGUCUGUCCGCCUGCCCUUCCCCAAAAAGGCGCGCUCACCAAUCGGAUUGGGUUAUACGAAUCGAACAUCGCCGCCGCUCGAGGAGCUCAGUCCCGAAGAAAGAGACGCACGUACAGUAUUUGUUAUGCAGUUAUCGCAGAGAGUUCGCGCCCGAGACCUGCAGGAGUUCUUUAGUGCCGUCGGGAAAGUGAGGGACGUCAGGCUUAUCACUUGCAACAAGACGAGACGAUUUAAGGGCAUCGCGUAUAUUGAGUUUCGCGAUCCUGAAAGUGUAACUUUGGCGUUAGGGUUAUCGGGACAGAAGCUAUCCGGUAUACCCAUCGUAGUGCAACACACGCAGGCCGAGAAAAAUAGAAUGGGUAAUUCGAUGCCGAAUCUGAUGCCUAAAACAAUGACCGGUCCGAUGCGUUUAUAUGUCGGCUCACUACAUUUCAAUAUAACGGAAGAGAUGUUGAGAGGAAUCUUUGAGCCUUUUGGUAAAAUUGACAAUAUCCAGCUUAUAAUGGAUCCGGAGACCGGACGGUCGAAAGGCUACGGAUUUAUUACUUUUCAUAAUUGUGAGGAUGCUAAAAAGGCAUUGGAGCAAUUGAACGGCUUUGAGUUAGCCGGCCGACCAAUGAAAGUAGGCAAUGUUACAGAGAGGCUAGAUCUGCAGUCGCAAGGUCCUUCCAUAUUAGACUCGGACGAACUCGACCGAUCCGGAAUCGAUUUAGGUGCGACCGGGCGCCUACAGCUUAUGUUUAAGCUUGCAGAGGGCGCCGGUCUUCGGGUGCCCGAGGCGGCGGCCAACGCGCUCAGUAUGGCCACAGGUCAACCUGUUGUUCCUCAAAUACCUACAAAUUCAACACCUCCAAUUGCGACGCAGUGCUUCAUGUUGAGCAAUAUGUUUGACCCCUCCUCCGAAUCUGCACACAGUUGGGACACAGAAAUUCGCGACGAUGUAAUCGAGGAAUGUAACAAGCACGGAGGAGUACUCCACGUCUAUGUUGACAAGGGAUCUCCUCAAGGAAAUGUGUACGUUAAGUGUCCGUCUAUAGCUACGGCAGUCGCAUCGGUUAACUCCCUCCACGGUCGUUGGUUCGCGGGUCGCGUUAUUACGGCGGCAUACGUACCGCUAUUAAAUUAUCACUCGUUAUUCCCAGACGCGAUGUCUGCCGCACAGCUUUUACUACCUACGGGCAAACGAGCAUAGGGUGUCGGUUGUGUUUUCAUGACGUAAAUAUAAUUUUUAGGUUAAUAAUGUAAAAAGUUAAGCAGUCGUGUUAUGUUAAAUGUUGUUAUUUUCUCUAAAGAAGCAAUAUUUUGUUUAAAUUAGGUAUGUGUAUACUUUUUAUUUUACACAAUUGUCUUAUUGUAUAUGUAUGUAUUUAUAAAAGCACAAUAGUUGUAUAAAUUAAUUCUGUAGGAAUAAGAUGUUUGUGAAUUGCAUUUUUCUUAUAAUAAAAAGGUUCAUAUUUUA